AUGGACGCCCACUACGAAAUAUACACUGGUAUUUGGACCGAUUGGUCGCACAACAAAUUGCUCGGGAUCACACUCACCACCACACGUACCCAUGGAAGCUUUUUAAUUGCUUUCCUCUCUCUUUUCGUUGCCGUCAUUGGCACAAGCACUUGGAAAAUUUGUUGCUUCAUACUCCACUACAUAUACUCGACUGAGGCCUCACGAGACGCACUGUAUCACCAGCGGCAGGCCAUUCUCCGAAAUUCCGCGAAUGCGAGCACAGGAAUCUCUAGCCUAUUCCUACUGCUCAAAGCUUGGCAAACCCAGUCAACCAAAGCAUACCAACGGAUUCUACCUUUACUGGCAUUCAGCUGUCUAAUUCUAGCAGCCUUCGCUGUAGCCAGUACCUUCUCUUCGCGAAUCUCGUCUGUUGGGACCGCAGUACUUCUUUCAGGCACCAACUGCGGAUACAUGUAUCCUUUAAGCAAGUCAUCGGAUCCAAUGGGAUUAACCACUGUUUUCCAACCAUAUCUCUCACAAAAACACACUUCCGACGCAGACUAUGCGCAAGAAUGCUAUCCUGACAUUCAAAGCACUGAAGGUUGCAACACUUUCGUUCAAAGACGACUGAGCACAAGUGUCAUCCGAAACGCUUUUUGCCCAUUCCCAGGGGACAUCUGCAAGAGCCAGGACUCAAAUUUAUUACUGGAUACUGGCCUUGUUGACAGUCAUAACGACCUUGGGAUUAAUGCACCCCCAGGACAUCGUUACCAGUUUCGAUUCGUAAAUCUUGGCCCUAGUUCAUAUGCUCGAUAUUACUAUGGACCGCGGUUGCAGGUUGGUCGAUUGCAGUCACAUCAUACAUAUCAAUAUAUGGCCAACCAGAAAAAUCAGUUUGUCAAGGAGAACUUUACAAGUGUACGGCCUACUAUGGAUAUAGACGUCUACGGAGCUCAGCAUGCGAACGGAUCGCUCGUUCCGGUAUUGUCAAACAUCGCACCAAUAAAAGAACUUGAGAGGACCGAUGCAGAUCUUUACAUUGCAUUUCUUUCGCUGAACGCUCUACUGUUCCCAGAGAAAUCGGAUGACAUUUGGUAUUCUGCCCACGAUUUUGCCUUCAACAAGGCCAACAAAGUCGUCAGUCCAAACAACCCCACGUCUCUGUACUGGAGUGAUGAGCCUGCCUCUCCAAUGGGACUAGUAUUGCAAUACCAGCUAUGCAAGCCUGACUUGCCAGACGAACGCCGAUGCACCGAACUGUCGUCAUUUAUCGAUGCAUACUACAGUGCCGUGGCAUUGUGGGAAGAAAGCAAAAGCGGCGGCCCAUUUGAGUGGUUUACAUCUAUUCUUCAAGGUCCCCAAGACCCGCUUCUUUCGCCAAUUAAAGUUCUAGGACAGACAGCAUUAGACUCGAUAACUCUAAUGGGUGGCGGGUUUUUAGGACCACUCAGGGAAAAUCAGUGGCAGCUUGACGUCGAAAAAUGGACCAAUAUAACUCUAGCAUCCAUCCAGAAAAGCUUCGUAGAAGCGGUAACCGGUCCUCCCAACGCACAACAAAAGGACUUUCAGGUCAAGCCCGAAGACAACUCACAAAAGCGUAUGUGCCAGAACCAGAAGAUCUUAAGUACUGCCUACACCAACUUUUCUGUCUUCGGUCUCGCCUUGAUUUUAACCGUCGGUGGCAUCACAAUUAUCCUUUCUUACAUCCUCGAGCCGCUGGUCGUGUGGAUCCAACACCGGCGUAACCUUGAUGUCUAUGCGCGCCUAGAGUGGACCAUGAACGGGACGCUUCAGCUACAACGUCUUGCCCAUGAGGAACUCGGACUCGUCCCCGUGACCGAAAAGUGCGAAAGACUGGGUGUCAUGGACCUGAAAGAGAAGUCACAUCCAAAGUUGAAGGCACCGCCGCCAGGACUUGAGGAAAUACUGAAAGAGGAAUCCGAGGACAGACUCAACCAAGACCAGGAGUCUGGCAAGGACGAUACUCAGGAGGAACUUACUGAACUCUGCACUCCGGCAAGGUCAAGCUCGUCUGAAAUCAGUAACCAGUAG